AUGGCAACAACUGAACCCAAGGCGGAAGCCAAAGCUGAACCAAAAGAAAUUGAAGAAACUUCUCAGCCUCCUCUCAAAUACAAGACAUGGGUUUUGAGAGUCUCUGUUCACUGUGAAGGCUGCAAGAAGAAAAUCAACAAAAGCUUAAAACAAAUAGAAGGGGUUUACAAAACAGAGGUGGACACGAGGCAGCAAAAAGUCACAGUAACAGGGAAUGUGGAAGCAGAGACUUUGAUCAAGAAGUUGACCAAGUCAGGGAAACAUGCAGAGCUGUGGCCUGACCAGAAACCUAACAAUUCAAAUGAAAAGAAGAAAGGUAAAGGGAAAAACAAAGAGAAACAGCAAAGCGACUGUGAAGGCUGCGAGGAAAGCAACCACGGUGGCCCUGGAGGUAGUGGUGACAAUGAAAAGGAGACUGUCAAAGUUGAUGUUGGUCAUGCUCAAGGCUCUGGUAACAAGAAAAAGAAUGAAGGUGGUGGCCCGGCUGGUAAUAAGAAAGCUGAUGAUGGGGGCAAUAUGGUCAAACCAAAUGAAGGUGGUGGCGCACCCGCUAAAACUGGCGCCGGUGGGCAAGUCAAAGAGUCAAAGCCUGAGGUGGUGAGGCAGGGUGGGAAUUUACCAAACCAUCCACCGGUUGCCGAGAAGAAAAGUGGGGGCAGUGAAAGUGAUUGCGAGGUUGAGAAAAGUGGUGGAGGUGGCGGCGGUGGAGCUAGUGGCAGUGGAAGUAAAAAUAACAAAAAGAAGGGGCCAAAGGGGAAUGCCAAUGCUGAAGAGGAUGAAGGUGAAGAAUGUGGUGCUGCUCCACCAAGCACUGGAUCACCAAAUCAUGGCAAUGUGCCACGUGGACCAACUGGGCUCCAUGUUCCUCAGGACCUACAUGGCCCACGUGUGCCUCAGGGUCAGGGCCCCUAUGUGCCUCAGGGGCAUUAUGGGCCUCCUGGGCCUUAUGGGUCCCAUGGGCCUCGUGGUCCAGCCUAUGGUCCUCAUGGACAAAGCUUUGCUCCAGCUCCAGCCAAUCACAGCCCUCCACAGCAACAUGUGUAUGAGUACCAAUACCCAAGGUACAGGCCUCCAAUGCAAGCUGUUCACUACAAUGCUAGCUUCCCCACCAAUAGCUAUGGUGCAUCUCAUUACGAUGCACCAGCACCUAACUCGCAUUCCUUCACUGAGACACAGCCCCCAUCCUAUCAUUUGGACAACAAUGCAUCUCAGCCGUAUCCAUAUCAUCAGCCAUCCUACAACUUACCACAGCCGUCCGAUUCUUAUGGGCUGUUCAGUGAUGAAAAUCCCAAUGGGUGCUACAUUAUGUGA